AUGGGUAAAAGACCCAAGGAAGGCCUGAAGACAGGAGCUUGGACUCCUGUAGAAGACUCACUUCUUGCUGAUUACAUUAAAAUCCAUGGUGAAGGAAGAUGGAAUAACAUUCCUGAGAAAGCAGGUCUCAAUAGAAGUGGAAAGAGUUGCAGACUUCGCUGGUUGAAUUAUCUGAGACCAGACAUCAAGAGGGGGAACAUCACCAAUGAAGAAGAAGAACUCAUCAUCAGGCUCCACAAGCUCUUGGGAAACAGAUGGUCCCUUAUUGCAGGGAGGCUUCCGGGGCGAACAGACAAUGAGAUCAAGAACUAUUGGAACACCAAAUUAGGAAGGAAGGUGCUAAACCACUCGAAUGCAGCUUCAAACCAUAAGCAAUCUAAAGAUAAGAAGAACAAGAAAAUGAAAAUGAAGAAGAAGAUGAAGCAUGUUGAGUGCAGCAAGGUUUUCCUUAGUCCAGCACAAAAUGAAGCCGAAGCUCUGGUACCAACUGGGGUUGGUGAUGACUUUGCAACUCCCUACAGAGCAAUUGAAUCACAAUCCUACGACGAGUUGUCCUUGUUCGUUCCAGAAGAAGAUGACUUGAUGGGUUUUGUGAUCGAUCUCAAUGAUACGGAGCUUUGUGGAUCUGAUCAGCUUCUCGAGUUCAGAACUCUCCCUGUUCUGUGA